AAUAUAACGAAGUGGCUGGCUGGAUGCCAAUUCUGUGCCACUCACUCACAUCGCUGGCUUGCUGGCCCUAACACACAAACAAACAUUAUUAUUCUCCUCUUCUCUUCUCUUCAAUUCAAUUCAUCUUUUACUUUCCAUAUUCAAAAUUCAAAAUCAAACAUAUUCCACACUUUUUUAUUCUCAUUCCAAAAACAAAAGAGAGAGUGUUUCAACUCUAUUCUCUUGUUUCAUUUCUCUCAAUUCUUUAAGGUGUAAAAUUCAACAUGGUUGCAACUGCUGCAACAUCUUCGUUUUUUCCUGUUACAUCAUCAUCUUCAUCCGAUAGUGUUGGAAAAUCUUCCAAACAUGGAGUUAGUUCUGCUAACCUUGGAGGAUACAAAUCCAAGCAAAGCUCUAAUGGAUUAAACAUUAAAGCAAAUGCAGCACCUUCCAAAAUCAACGGAACUGCGGUUACAACUGCGCCGGUGAAGGUUGAAAAUGAUUCACCAUCACAACAUCACCCAAGGACAUUCAUCAAUCAGUUGCCUGAUUGGAGCAUGCUUCUUGCUGCUGUUACCACAAUUUUCCUUGCUGCUGAGAAGCAGUGGAUGAUGCUUGAUUGGAAGCCAAGACGACCUGAUAUGCUUGUUGACCCUUUUGGUAUAGGGAAAAUUGUUCAAGAUGGUCUUGUGUUUCGCCAAAACUUUUCGAUUAGAUCGUACGAAAUAGGUGCGGAUAAAACUGCGUCUAUAGAGACGUUAAUGAAUCAUUUGCAGGAAACUGCACUUAAUCAUGUUAAGACUGCCGGGCUUCUUGGUGAUGGCUUUGGUUCUACGCCAGAAAUGUGCAAAAAGAACUUGAUAUGGGUUGUUACUCGGAUGCAGGUUGUGGUUGAUCGUUAUCCGACGUGGGGUGAUGUUGUUCAAGUAGACACUUGGGUUUCUGCGGCAGGAAAAAAUGGUAUGCGUCGUGAUUGGCUUGUGCGCGACGCCAAAACAGGGGAAAUCUUGACAAGAGCAUCCAGUGUUUGGGUCAUGAUGAAUAAACUGACAAGGAAACUAUCUAAAAUUCCAGAAGAGGUCAGAGGAGAGAUAGAGCAUUAUUUUGUUAAUUCUGAUCCAGUUGUGGACGAGGAUAACAGAAAAUUAACUAAACUUGAUGAUUCGGCUGAAUAUAUUCGCACUGGUUUAAGUCCCAGAUGGAAUGAUCUAGAUGUUAAUCAGCAUGUUAAUAAUGUGAAGUACAUUGGGUGGAUUCUGGAGAGUGCUCCACAGCCAAUUUUGGAGAGUCAUGAGCUGCAUUCCAUGACUUUGGAGUACAGGAGGGAAUGUGGCAGGAACAGUGUACUUCAGUCCCUGACAUCUGUCUCUGGUGCUGACAUUGGAAAUUUAGCUGACAGCGGGUUUGUUGAAUGCAAGCACUUGCUUCGACUCGAUGAUGGUGCCGAGAUUGUUAGGGGUAGGACUGGGUGGAGGCCAAAACCUAUCAACAAUUUUGAUGUUCUGAAUCAGUUUCCAUCACAGAGCACCUAAAUGUUUGACUCACUAUCACCUAUGAAAGCCUUACAACUUGUUUUCAUGAGAUCUGUGUCAUAAAUGUAUACUAAUAUGUGUUAAUCCAACUGGUUAAAGAGGGAUAGGGUAGUUAAAAAUCUCAUUCUCAUUCUCAUUGUAAUUAGCUCCUACUCUAUUCUCCCUCUGCUCCAUCUUCCAAUUCAUAUAUGGUUAUGGUACUGUUAGGUGUUAUCAAUAUUAUUUUAUUUUUUCUUCAAAAUGGCUGAGCAUGUAUAAUAAAUUGUUGUUAUAUAUGGUUCUGCCUUAUUUUUUCCAAUGAAAGUUAUUGCUUGUUAA